GGCUCCACGCGACCGGCGCGACGGCGGCUUUGACGCGACCGGCACGGCGACGGCGCACAGCCCCGACGAUGACCCUCCCCGCUGCCUUCUCCCCGAUCCCUACAACACCAAUUAUAGUUGGGGAAGGUGAACCUCCUCCCUCUUGGGAUCCGGUACCAACUCCAAAAGCUAUGGUUGGAAAAGGCUCCCCAAGGUUCAACAUAGGUGGUUCCCCAAAGUUGCGUAGGUUCAUUCCUACAACAAGUGCUACUAAAAAGAAGACUUCUCCUAAAUGCAGUGGGGCAAAAAAGAGUGGAAGUUCUCCAAGAGUAGUGAAACAAAGAGCGGAUUGGAAUCCAGGUCUUGAGAGGUCUCUUGUUGACAUUCUCCAUGAAUUUAAAGAAAGUGGAUAUAGAGGUGACAAUGGUUGGAACUCCGAAGGGUGGAAUAGAAUGGUCAAGGAGUUUCAUGUGAGGAACAAGUAUGUCUCCUUUACAAAGUCUCAAAUUCAGGAUAAAGAAGGUCAGCUGAAGAGAGACUACAAGAUGCUCAAAGCAGCAAAGCAACAGAGUGGGUCCACCUGGAAUGAGAAAAGGAAUAUGGUUGAAGGACCACCAGCUUUGUGGGAGAAUCUCAUGGUGGUAAGACACUUGGCUGAAGGGACUUGGAAUUGCACUUCUCUUGAGGCACCGCAAGAGGAAGAACUGAAUGUGCAACUUCAGGAUGCAGAAGAUGGAGCACAAGGCUUUGAUCUGAAUGUUGUUCAUGAUGUAGAUGAUGAAGUUGAUGAUGCACUCGCUGAAAGGAAUGAAGAUAUGCUUCAAGGAAGGGCUAAUACUCUGUCACGAGAUGAAGAAAGUGGAUAG